AUGUGUGAGCUCAAAGCUUGCAUCUACGAUCUGUGCUGCCACCGCGGGCUAGCACCUCCUCUCGAGACCUGCAAGGACGCAGAUACCUGCAGAGAGCAUGCGAAGGCGAACUUGAAAAAGCUCGACUUCGUCAUGCCAAAAGCCCCUGGGUACUGCCCGAGCUGUUUGAAGCGGGCAUCCAAGGGGCAAGAUCUGAUCCCUCACACAACACCACGCGUCGGAGAUGUCCUCGAUGUCAACAGGCUCCGGUACCGGCUUAGUCGCGGGCCGCUUGCUGGGCCCAAUUUCGGGUCCCGGCCACGGCCACGGCCGCUGUUAAAACCCCCGGCUAGACCGGAGGAAACACCCGUCCGCCGCCUCAGACCUCGCACUCGCCGCGCUGCUAUCGGCGUUCUCACUACCCCGAAUGCCUCUUCCGCCAUCAAGCCCUACGACGCGGGGGAUGAUGCUUUUCUGUCAUCUCAAGAUUGGGGGACCCCCACGAAAUCCUCGCAGACCUCUUUACCCCACACUCCGAGCUCUGUUGCUCCUCCGCUUCCUCCCACAGGGAAAAAACGUCGCCACCGCGUCACCCUUGGAAAGCCCAUCGCCACCUUCGACUGCCCCUCCUCACCUAUCAUCACACCCAGACCGAAGAGAGUCAAAGGCACCUCAUCCUCUUCAUCUUCCAAAUCGUCCGGGUCGUCCGGAUCAUCAUCAACCAUUGGCUCUACUGCGACGCAAAAACGCUGCCAAUCCCACCGAAGCAGAGCAUAG